CUGGCAACCGGCAACCCCCAACCACCGCCCAGAAUCGGGUUCCUUUGCAAAGCCGAACUCCCCGAGGAGGAACGGAACCGCAGCGAGGACUGAGGAGGAGAGCAAAAAAAAAAAAAAAAACAGCGGGUGCUCAUGCCGUCCGCCUCACUGGUUCUCCCCCACACAUAUCCAGAUCCGCAAGCUUCCUCCUGAUCCCUAACAGCUUCCUAUAUACGAUUCCACCACCUCGAGCUCGAGGCUUCCCACCGAUCGCUCGGGCACGAGAGAACCAAUCCGCCGAGGGAUUGGAGCCGCCCGCCAGCCAUGGCCGAGGUGACGAUUGUCCGCGCGGGGGCCGAGGAGGAGGAGGAGUCCACCCUUGAGCAGGGCCUCCUCGCUAGCCCGGAGGAAUCCAACCAACUUACGUACACUGGAGAUGGAUCUGUCGACUUUUCCGGGAACCCUGUUGUGAAGGAGAGAACUGGUAGAUGGAGGGCAUGCCCGUUUAUUUUAGGUAAUGAGUGCUGCGAACGGUUGGCCUACUAUGGAAUCUCUACAAACCUGGUUACAUACUUGACAAAGAAACUGCAUGAUGGCAAUUCUUCUGCUGCUAGCAAUGUAACUGCAUGGCAGGGAACAUGCUACUUGACUCCCCUUAUUGGAGCUAUACUGGCUGAUGCAUACUGGGGAAGGUAUUGGACAAUUGCAACAUUCUCCACAAUAUACUUCAUUGGGAUGGCUAUACUGACUAUGUCAGCAUCAGUUCCUACAUUCAUGCCUCCACCCUGUGAAGGGUCCUUUUGCCCAGAAGCAAAUCCUUUGCAGUAUACUGUAUUUUUUCUUGGGCUUUACCUAAUUGCGCUUGGUACUGGUGGUAUUAAGCCCUGUGUCUCAUCGUUUGGAGCAGAUCAAUUUGAUGAUACAGACCCAGUUGAGCGAAUCCAGAAGGGAUCUUUCUUUAACUGGUUCUAUUUUUCAAUAAACAUCGGUGCUCUUAUAUCAAGCAGUUUUCUUGUUUGGGUGCAAGACAACAUAGGAUGGGGAAUAGGCUUUGCCAUUCCAACAAUUUUCAUGGGGCUGGCCAUCAUAAGUUUCUUUGCUGGAACAUCGCUUUAUAGGUUCCAAAAGCCAGGUGGCAGUCCUAUUACACGAGUAUGCCAGGUGGUUGUUGCCUCCUUGCGCAAGUGGAACAUACAUGUUCCAGAGGACAGCUCUCUCUUGUAUGAAUUACCUGAUGGGGUUUCAGCAAUUGAAGGGAGUCGGCAACUGGAGCAUACCGAUGAACUCAGAUGUCUGGACAAAGCUGCUACAAUUACUGAUCUUGAUGUGAAAGCAGAUAGUUUCACAAACCCAUGGCGAGUAUGCACUGUGACUCAGGUGGAAGAGCUGAAGAUAUUGGUAAGAAUGUUCCCUGUCUGGGCGACGACUAUUGUGUUUUCUGCUGUCUAUGCUCAGAUGUCCACCAUGUUUGUUGAGCAAGGAAUGAUGCUUGAUACAUCAGUAGGUCCAUUCAAGAUUCCUCCAGCAUCUCUAUCUACCUUUGAUGUGGUAAGUGUCAUUAUAUGGGUCCCUCUCUAUGACAGUAUCCUGGUUCCAAUGGCUAGGAGGUUCACUGGCAACCCGAGAGGCUUUACCGAGUUGCAGAGGAUGGGCAUUGGCUUGGUGAUCUCUAUCUUAUCAAUGGCUGCAGCUGCAGUCCUUGAGAUUAAAAGGUUGGAGAUUGCCAGGGCUGAACAUUUGGUGGACCAAAAUGUUCCAGUUCCAUUGAAUAUCUGCUGGCAAAUUCCUCAGUAUUUCUUGGUUGGUGCCUCAGAGGUGUUCACAUUUGUUGGGUCACUUGAGUUCUUCUAUGAUCAAUCACCAGAUGCCAUGAGGAGCCUCUGCAGCGCACUACAGCUCCUCACAACAGCGCUUGGGAAUUAUCUCAGUGCAUUCAUUUUGACAUUGGUUGCGUACUUCACAACAAGAGGGGGAAAUCCUGGUUGGAUUCCUGAUAACUUGAAUGAAGGGCAUCUAGAUUAUUUCUUCUGGCUGCUUGCUGGGCUCAGUUUUCUGAACUUUGUGAUUUAUAUCUUCUGCGCAAACAAGAUGUGGUGUUGCAGCGGCGCCGAGGAGGAGCUCCACGGCGCGCCGGCGGCCAGCCCGGCGGUGCCGCCGCCACGAGCGCCAGGGCCGCCGAGAGGGCCGAACGCCCCGAGAGCCGGCGGCGCGCCGGCGAAGGUGCUGCCGAUCGACGUCCCAGCCGUCCCGCUGUCGGAGCUCAACCGGCUCACCGGCAACUUCGCCGACAGGUCGCUGGUCGGAGAGGGCUCCUACGGCCGCCUGUACCGCGCAACGCUGAGCACCGGCGAGGCCGCCGCCGUCAAGAUGUUCGACAACGGCGGCUCCGGCCAGUCGGAGGCCGAAUUCUGCGCGCAGCUGUCCGUGGUGUCUAGGCUCAAAUGCGACCACUUCACCCAGCUGCUGGGCUACUGCCUGGAGCUCAACAACCGCAUCGUGAUCUACGAGUUCGCCACCAGAGGCUCCCUCUACGACAUCCUGCACGGGAAGAAGGGGGUGAAGGGCGCGGAGCCAGGGCCGGUGCUGACGUGGGGGCAGCGGGCCCGGAUCGCGUACGGCGCGGCGAGGGGGCUGGAGUACCUGCACGAGCGCGCGCAGCCGGCGAUCAUCCACCGCGACGUCCGCUCCAGCAACGUGCUCGUCUUCGACGGCUUCGACGCCAAGAUCGGCGACUUCAACCUCACCAACCAGUCGCCGGACUCCGCCGCCCGCCUCCACUCCACCAAGGUCCUCGGCACCUUCGGCUACCACGCGCCAGAGUAUGCAAUGACAGGACAAUUGACACAAAAGAGCGAUGUUUACAGCUUCGGUGUCGUUCUUCUCGAGCUUUUGACAGGGAGGAAGCCUGUGGAUCACACCAUGCCCAAGGGGCAGCAGAGCUUGGUUACCUGGGCUACUCCAAGGCUAAGCGAGGAUAAGGUUAAGCAGUGCGUGGAUCCCAAGCUGAACGAGGAGUACCCACCAAAAGCAGCGGCCAAGCUCGCGGCGGUGGCGGCGCUGUGCGUCCAGUACGAGGCUGAUUUCAGGCCCAACAUGACGAUCGUCGUCAAGGCUCUGCAGCCCCUCAUCAGUGCCCGUCCAGGAGAUCAUUAGCUUUGAUUCAGAGAUGAUGAUGUUUUUAUUGGUAAUACUAUUCGUUGCUAAUCUAGCGAUGGCAAUUCAGUUUAAUUGUUUAUUCGCUAUUCGAUGCAUUAAUUAGCUAUUUAAGUGUACUGUCCAGCAUACUUUGUCAUCCUUGUAUCGGGACAUUGUCAUCGAGAUGUUGUAACUAGAGUGGUCUACAGUGACAUGGUCCAUGCACUUGGUCUACAAAUAUGUAAUGCAAGAGUAUAUAAUAUGAG